CGGAGGUUGCAGGACCAGUGUCAAUAUUAGUCCCAAUUGCAUGGAUCUCGACCGCGUCUUGUCCGCGCCCAGCGACGCCAUCGAGCUCAAGCGACUUCGCAACCAGGUCCACCAGCAGCGCUACCGCCAAAAGAAGAAGCGCUUUGUCGGGCAGCUCGAGGGCCAAGUCGUCGACCUCCGCGCGACCGUCGACCAGCUGCACCGGCGAUGGCAGCGCUUGCAAGAGGAGCUGGUAGUCUUAUCGGCGCCGAAGCUCACAAGCGAUGGCAGCGCCCGCCUCGUGCACACGUGCUACACGGUCUUCAAGCACGGCCGCGCGACGGGCGCCGCCGGGCUCGAGCAAGUCGCGUUCCUGCGCUCAGUGAUGGCACCCGACUUGGCCUUCAUGGACAACAAGGUGGACGGCUUGGCCAAACUCGUGCAGCAGUGCGACGUCUACUCGUGGGUCUUCCCAGCGAUGCAGCUCACGGAGCUCCACGUCGAGGCGCCCAUCAUGGCCGACGACCAAGAAGUCGUCCAUGCGCACCUCACUCUGCAACUGCGGCUCUCGCCGACAGCCAUCGAGACAAUUUACCCGGCCUUGCCGCCGGCGGACGCGGCGGUCUUGACUGGGCGUGACCUUCUCGUACCGAUCUCGGUCCAUUUUUAUAUCGACGCGGCAACGGGCCAAGUGCGCACGUUGACAACGCACGCCGACAUUGUUGUCGCCGCGUUUAAGCUCUUGGGUGACCUCCGCUCUAGCAUAGCCGCCCUCGAGCGAUCACCGCUGCGGCCGAACGCAGAGCUGAACGUUAUGCAAGUGUAA